CAGUCAUCUUGUUCUUUUUUCGGGUAGAUUAUACUAUCUUGUUUGUUAUCCUUAUUUAUCUCAUCAACCCAUCUCUCUCUCUCUCUCUCUAAAUUGGAAUCAACCGAGCCCUACCCCUGUACCACUGCAUCUCUACCACAUAUUCUUUCACUGUAUCUCCAUAUUAUUAGUUCCUCCAGCAUCUUUGCCCACCCUGUCUCUCUCUCUCUCUCUCUCUAGCCAGCUCUGUCCCCUGCAUCUUUGACACCACCGCACUUCCAGCCUCGGCAACUUUCUGGGCUAAUUUCUCGGUCACCGUCGCAGCGCCCCGAGUAAAUCACCCACUGUGGCUGAUCUACUCGGGUUCUCCACAUUCUGCCGCGUCAUGCUUUGAAGCUGACUCACAGGGCAAAAAGAGAGAAGAAGAAGAGGAUAUUGUGAGGUGCAUUGCUCUAAGCUUCUGCUUUUCUCUCGACCUUUUAUUUUAAGUCACAGAUUUCUCAUAGAGAAGAAUGAAGCCCAGUGGUUCUGAUGAUGACAGCUCCACGAAAACUCAUCAGAAUCAUGUAAUUGGUUGGAACUCUUCUCUGGAUAGCCACUACAAUGUUGGGAUUAAUGGCAUUGGACUAGAACAGGCAAGGGACUCAUUUGGUCGGAUGAGCAGUCAAGGUUUAUGGAGGAGGCAUUCUCCCAGUUUCUCAUCUCGUGUCACUCAAGAUAUAUAUGAUGAAAUUGAAAGUGCAUCUGUGUCACAAGCAGGAGAUAUGGGGGACUUGGCGAUUCCCGGCAACAAAUGCAAUGAUAGUAGUAGCCUCCAGUUCUCAGUGGAUGACUCAGAGAUGCAGAUUGAGAAGGGACUUCCUGUUGAUGCCACAUCUAAUGAGGUGUCACCUAUAUCCCCACUUCCUUUGAUGAUUGUAUCUUCGCUUUCGGGGGAUAACAAUCAAAGUAGAUCAGUGAGUGAACCUGUUCAGGAUAACGAGAGAUCAUUGCCUCUAUGGGUUGAGUAUGUUUCAUACCUUAUUCAUUUAGCUGUUUUUGGAAUUCUCGGGGUACUGACGAGGUAUUUCCUGCGAGAGCUAUUUGGCCAGGGGAUUGUUGAUCUAACAAGUGAUAAAACUGUUCUCUACCUGGAUCUUCCCUCUAAUAUGGUAGGUUCUUUCUUGAUGGGAUGGCUAGGUGUCGUGUUCAAAGGGGACAUAUCGCAGGUGUCUGACAUCCUAGCUAUUGCAUUGACAACUGGAUAUUUGGGAAGUUUAACUACUUUCAGCGGUUGGAAUCAAGAAAUGCUUCAACUUUGUGUUGAAGGCCAUUGGGAUCUUGCUGUUAUUGGUUUUUUCAUAGACACAAUCCUUGUAGCUGGAUCUAUCUCUUUGGGUGUUGAAACAGCCAAGGUUUUCAGAUGGCUCUUAGGGAAACACAUCAGUAGUUUGGGAGAUGACAAACCAAAAUCAAGCAACUGGAGUGUGAACAGCCUCAAGAGGCACUUAGCAGUUCUGGUGGUUUUGAUUUUGAUGCUGGGCUUGUUGUGGGCUGUUAGUGGCUCAUUAUUGAGCAAAGAAUUUGAUGAUGGAGGCAGUAGUGCUUGGCUGUGGCUUGCCUGCAUGGUUGGACCCCCAGGUGUGUGGUUGAGAUGGUUCUUAGCUCGGCUAAAUGGAAGAGGGCUAGGAAGGAAGGGUUUCAUGAGCUGGAUGCCUUUUGGGACUCUAAUUGCCAAUGUUGCCGCUGCUUGUGUCAUGGCAGCACUUGCGACGGUGAUGGAUGUGGUGAAUACCCAGAAGUGUGAUACAAUCGCGACAGGAAUUCAGUUUGGGUUCUUAGGGUGUCUCAGUACAGUUUCUACUUUCAUGGCCGAAUUCCAUGCUAUGAGAAACAGUAGUCACCCUUGGAGAGCACAUGCAUAUGCGUUGACUACUAUAUUUGUUUCCUUUGUUUUAGGGAGUUUAAUAUACACAGUCCCUGUAUAGAUAAAGAAUAUGAGUAGCAACUCCAGUCUAGCCUUUGUUCAAUAUGCUAUUAAAUCAUUGAAGGAUGGACAUGGACAA